CUCAACUUUAACUAACCAACAUUUGAACAUCACACAAAAUGUCCUCCAACGAACCAGAAGGCGACUUUGUCACUGGACCCCCUGCUCUUCACCCAUCCACUCUCCCCUCAACUUUCAUCCUGGGAUCCAACCCUUUACCUCACCGCAUUAACCUGCGCCCCCUCACCCUAUCUCACGCCAAAGACCUGUUUGCCAACCUUUCCAGUCCAGUUAAUGACCAUCUAUACAAAUACUUACCCGGCGGCCCCUUUCCCGACGUCGAAUCUUUCACCAAACACAUCCAGUGGCUGAUCGACGAACCGGGCUGUUACGCCUUCUCAAUCUUCUCCGCUGACAAGAUUCAUCUCUCGAAUCAAGAUCCUUCAACGCCCACAGGAGGCAAGGACAAGGAUUCAGAAGGAACAGCAGUUUCAAUAAUCUGCCUCCUAAACAUCGUCCCUGCAAAUCGCAGCAUCGAGAUCGGUCACGUGCUCUAUGCUGCUACCCUUCAACGCACCACGCCCGCAACAGCUGCCUACUACCUUCUCAUGAAACUCUGUUUCGAAGACUUGCAUUAUCAGAGGGUAGAGUGGAAAUGCAAUGACCGGAACAAACCGAGUGAGAGAGCGGCGCUGAGGUUGGGUUUUCAAUACGAAGGCACUUUUAGGAAACACAUGAUUGUGAAAGGGAGAAGGAGGGAUAGUGCUUGGUUUAGCGUUUUGGAUGAUGAGUGGAAGGAAAGUGUGGGGGAGGCGUUGGAAAAGUGGCUAAGUCCGGGAAACUUUGACGAGACGGGUGGGCAGAGGAGGAAGCUGGAGGAGGUUAGGGGGGAGGUUGAGAAGAGGGCUAGAGUGUGAGUGCUGGUGGUUAGGAAAAGGAGGGUUUGGUGAUGUGCAGACGAGAUGCAACAUGGUCGGAUAUUUUCUGGUUCCGGUGAGACAUCGCAGAGUAAAAGAAACUUUCUUCACAUGAAUUAUUUCCCUUCGUCUCCCUUCCUUACCCCGCAACUUUCCCUCUCGAAUAGCACGCACGUUCUCCACAUCUUGGUCGAGGUAGAUAGCAACCAGACUUGUAAGGUCAUCUUGGUAUUAUAGCGGCAAAAGCAUUAUCUCCCUUGCAGGUGCCUGGCACAAACUUCUGACGGUAGCCUUCCGUCCACCAACAUCUGAAAACAGUCUCGAAGUUCGGCCGAGCAGCUAUUGGUGGAAGAAAUGGCACAGCGAUGGCCUCCAUGGAAAAUCAUCCAUCACCCUCUAAAUACAAACUCAAAAUGCUACUCUAAGGAGAGUGUUGCU